AUGCCCUUUAUCUUCUUGGCAUGGUCUCGAAGCCUAAAUCCCUCCGAAUGCAUUGCACCUUGGGUGCCCCGCCAAGUACGGGCACGAAACAACAGCAGUGAUAGCUCAAGUCAUUGGUUGAACUGUGUGCUAAUCUUUCUGUCUCUCGAACCCAGGGAGAACAAGAAAAAGCCGAAUCAGAACCUCAUCAAUAACUUUCAAGAAACGUUUUCCGACGUUGUGCGACCGAAUUCCGACGCCACUGGUCUGGCUGCACCACCGGUCCGCGUUACCCCAACCCUAGACGAUGCUUCCCUUCCUCCUACGUCUAUUCGGAAACAAAAUCACCACGAUGAUACUUUGAAUACAACGGGGCUCGUCUCUCACAUUUCAGCUGGCGACUUGCUCACUCCAUCCAGCAAAAUGAACGCAAUGUUCGACGAGACGCUGUUUGACCAAUUUACCAACAACUCGCCCGGGACAGUAGUCCACAACACAUACGACGCAGUCGGAGGACAAUAUCAUUCUCACCUUGCUCAGAACCCGGAUCCAUAUCUUAACUAUGAAUCUUUCUCACCCGAAGGCUUUGAAUACCCUCGAGAAAACGGUCUAAACACUAUUUCAUUAGGGAAGGUGAACAAACAAGGCUGUCACAGUGCGAACGUGACCAACAGGAUGCCGCAGUCGACAGAGGCCAUUGGGACUAAUGACGAGCAUUUCCGAUAUUGCGUGACGCUGCAUGCACCAACCGCUAUGAUCAAGGAUCAAACCGAAGCUCCCAUGACAUACCUCAACAAAGGUCAAACCUACAUACUUUCCAUCGCGGAUUUAGUCCCACCGCCGGCGGGUAGCCGGCCUGCCAGGUACCGCACAUCGGUGCGUGUCGUCUUCGAUGAACCGGCACAGGCGAUCGAUCCCUCAGCUUGCUGGAAACUUUGGAAGGAGGUACGGGGGUCGAAGGACGCCAAGGAAAAGGGUAGCGAUGCACAGGCGGUUGACUGCCUCGAUCCGGCAGAAGGGGCAGCGGGUAAACCACGGAACCAAAUACAGUUGGAAAGAAUGUCGGUCGAUGGGUUCUGCUGCACGUGGUCGGCAGACAUUGAAACAGGUGCGCGGGAAUGCAGCAUUGGCGUCCGGUUCAACUUCCUCUCGACCGACUUCACGCACUCCAAGGGUGUCAAAGGCUCCCCGGUUCGACUAUGCGCCAAGACAGAGAUGAUCGCCUCCGGUGAUGACGCAGUAGGCGUCAACGAGGCUCCGGAAAUGUGCUUUUGUAAGAUCAAGUUAUUCCGGGACCACGGAGCGGAACGAAAGCUCCACAGCGAUAUUUCCCAGACGCAGAAGUCUAUAAGAAAACUUCAGAGGGAGACCGCGAUGUCUCAGGCUGGAGAAGAUGAUCAACUCGGAAAACGAAAACGGGGUAACGUCUCGAGCGUUGCCAAGAGCGCUGCGGCGACGGAGGAGGAGGAACAGCGGCAGGCGCAGAUCUAUCGUGACGCGGAAAUGCAUAUGCUUGGCGACUCACUCACUUCCAGCCUGCCAAUGACUGUCUUCACCCAACGAUCCGAGCCGAAGGACGAUCCGGAUCAAUUCCCAAUCCGAUUCCCCGGUGCUUCACAGAGCCCCCCCAAAUCAGACGAUAGUCCGGAUAGUACGGGUAGUACCGUGCCCUAUUCCAAUGUGACGUCGACAAGUUCCAAUUCACCUUCCACCACCAUUACCGAGCCCUCGAGGGUAUCAUCGUCCAGUGCUGCUGUGGAACAGGAUUCUCCACAAUCGGUGUUCAAAGUACCACCGCUCCCUGCAAAAUUAUCCAAACGUCCUGAAUUGCCCCAUACGGGAUCAGCGGUUUGCUUCUAUAUUCGGUUCCAUGACGACUGGAAGAGACAGGAUCAAUAUCAUCGAGCUUUGUAUUUGAAGGAACGCACGGUUCACGAUUUGACGGUGCAAAUCUGCCGGAAGCAGAACAUGGACCCGGACUCUGUAGCCCGUGUGCUUCAUGUCAACCCGGGCGGUUUGAAAGUGAUCAUCGAUGACGAUGUAGUCCAACAGCUUCCCGAUGGUCAAGACAUGAUGGUCGAGAUCACGCGGACCUCGAGACCAACUGCGCCCGGCACGAACACUGAAGUUGAGAUCAUAUUGAGUUUCUGA